ACUGCUAAGCUACAAUUAAUGGGGAAUUCAACGGCAGCGAUAAUUGCCGAAAUUUGUACUAUUAAACCAAGGCAUUCUUGUUAAAGCAUAAUGUCUUCUGGUGCAUCAGGAGGCUAUGCGACAGCAGGAGGAGGAGCUGCCCCACCCCCACCACCACCCCAGGGAUCUGGAAGUUAUUCACAAUAUCAGCAACCAGCCAGUGGAUAUUCAACUGACAACUAUUCAUCAUCAGGAUACAAUUAUUAUUCAUCAAACCAAUAUCAAGGACAGCAGCAACCACCCCAGCCACCUGUGCCGCCCACAACAACACAGAGCCCGUCACAAUAUUCCACAUCAGCAGCAUCCUACUCAACAUCAUCAUCAGCACCAACAACAACAACACAGUAUUCAACAGCAGCGACACCGACAGACUCGCAGUACUCAACAUCACAGAGUCAACAGUAUUCAACAAGUAACUCACAACAACCUUACUCUCAGUAUAAUUAUUCACAAUAUGGCAAUUAUACUCCAGAACAAUAUCAACAGAUGUGGGCUAAUUAUAACCAGUAUCAACAAAGCUCAACUACAGGCUACCAACAAGCAGGUCAAACUCAACCAGUAACGACAAGUAGUACUACUCCUACACAACAAGCACCUGCUCAGGCUACUGGAUACCAGCAACAAAGUCCUGCUAAUCCACCCUUACCGACAACGCCCACAACCCCUGGAUACCCACCACCCAGCCCAGCAAGUCAGCCGACUUCAACACCAGCAGCUGUUCCUACAACCAAUGCAAGUACAACACCAACUAGUGGUCAACCAUACCAACAAGGUACAGGGUAUCAAGGAUCAAGCUACCCACCAACGAGCUAUCAACAGGGUAGUAACUGGUACCAACAGGGAGAAGGCAAUUAUGGGUACCAGUCUAGUACAAGCUCUGGAUAUCAGCAAAGCACACAGCAAGGGACAAAUCAGCCACCACCACCUCCAGAUAAAACAAAAGAACCAACACCAGAAAAAGCUACUUCAUCUUAUCAACAGGCAGGAGACAGUUACGGCUAUCAACAGUCUGCUCCAGGAUACCAGCAGGCAAAAGGCACUGAAAGCUAUUCACAGGCAGGAAGUUAUCAGUCCCAGAGCAGUAGUGGAUACCAAACUGCUCCAGCGCCAGGUAAUACAGGUUACCAGCAGGCACCAGGGGCUUCUGGUUACCAAUCAGCUCCACCAGUAGCUACAGGAUACCAGCAGCCACAAGGUUCAUCUGGAUACCAAACAGCUCCAGCCAGUACAGGUUAUCAACAGGCUCCAGCUUCAUCUGGUUACCAAACAGGACCUGCAAGUACUGGAUACCAACAACCUCCUAGUGGACCUGCAAGUACUGGAUACCAGCAGCCACCUAGUGGACCUGCAAGUACUGGAUAUCAGCAGCCACCUAGUGGACCUCCCAGUACUGGAUACCAGCCUCCUCCUCCAGGACCAACUGGUUACCAAACAGGACCAGGAAGCACUGGAUAUCAGCAAAGUCCAGGAAGCACUGGAUAUCAACAAGGACAAAGUAACACUGGCUAUCAGCAAAGUCAAGGAGGAACUGGAUACCAACAAGGACCUGGUGGAUACCAGCAAGGAGAAGUCAAGGGAAGUACAGGAUAUCAACAAGGCUCAGAUGUCUCUGGCUACCAGCAAGGACCUCCUAGUAAGGCUCCGUACCAGCAAGGUCCUACUGACUAUCAGUCCAGCUAUCAAAAAGAUCCUCAAGGAUAUGGCAGUCAGCCACCAUCUGGUGAUUAUAGAGACAAUAGUACUGGUUACAAAGGUAGCAGUUCAAGUUACCAGCAGGAUGCAAGAUACCAACAAGGUAAAGACAGUAAUCCGCCUGGAAGUAACUAUGACUACCAGCAAUCAGGUCCUCCUACUGAUUACCAACAAGGACAAAACUGGAACCAAGGUGACCCAAAGCAAGGAUCCAGGUGGGGAAGUCAAACUGACGCAAAGCCAGCAUCUAGAUGGGGUGAUCAAGGGGAAACAAAGCCAGCAUCAAAAUGGGAUCAAGUUGAUCCAAAGCCAGCUUCUAAAUGGGGGAAUCAAGGUGAUGCAAAGCCAGCAUCAAAAUGGGAUCAAGUUGAACCAAAACCAGCAUCCAGAUGGGGGAAUCAACCACCAGAAUCAAAUUAUGACAAACAUGGGCCAAGUCCUUCAAAUUAUCCUCCAGGUAACCAAGGACCAGCAGUACCACCAAUUAAGCCAGGAUAUGGUGAUUAUCAACAGCCACCACCAGCUAGAGCCAAACCAGAUAAUUUUCCAUCUGAUGAUAUGUAUGAUGAUGGUCCACCAGAUACCAGUGACAAACCAUUUAUGACAGGCAUGGUCCCUUCACAAUAUUCAAGAGAUGAAGAUAGAUUUGAUCGAAGAGGACGUGGAAGAGACUUCAGAGGUGGUCGAGGUGGAAGGGGACGUGGUUAUGAUGGACCUGAUGAUCGUGAUAAUUUUGGACACAGAGGUGGUGGUCGUGGUGGACGAGGUGGUAGAGAUCAAGAUGAUCGCUUUGAUAGAGGCAGAGGAAUGGGUGGUGACCGUUUUGCAGGACGUGGUGAACGAAGGGAAUCAGAAGACAGAUUUGAAGGGCGAGGUAGAGGAAGAGACUUUGGAGGAGGAGGACGUGGUCGUGGUGGAUAUGGACAUGAUGAUGGAGUUAAAGGAGAAUUUGAUGAUAAUAGAGGAAGAGGGAAAAGUUUACUUGGUGAAUUUGCAGGUGACAGAGGCAGAGGAAGUGAUUUUGGAGAAAACAGAGGGAGAGGUGGAGACUUUUUUGGUGAUAACAGAGGGAGAGAUGGUGACCUCAUGGGAGAUCACAAAGGCAGAGGUGGAGAUUUUAUGGGAGAUUCUAGAGGAAGGGACUUUGGAGAUAACAGAGGAAGAGGUGGUUUUGGAGGUGACAGAAGAGGUGAUCAUAGAGGUGGAUUUGGAGGUGACCACAGAGGUGGAUUUGGUGGUGACAGAAGAAGUGGUUUUGAAAAUGACAGAAGAGAUGGAUUUGAAAAUGACAGGAGAGGCGGAUUUGGAGGUGACCACAGAGGUGGAUUAGGAGGGGACCACAGAGGUGGAUUUGGAGGUGACAGAAGAGGUGGAUUUGACAAUGACAGAUUUGAAAAUGACAGGAGAGGUGGCUUUGACCCUGACAGGAGAGGUGGAUUUGGAGGUGACCGAAGAGGUGGAUUUGACAAUGACAGGAGAGGUGGAUUUGGAGGUGACAGAAGAGGUGGAUUUCAUGGUGGAAGAGGGGGUGGAGGAAUGAAUGAAAGGGAAAGAUCUUGGGACAAUUCUAGGGACAGGGACAGUCCAAGAGACAGAGAACACUCUAGUUCAGUUAGAGCUUCGAGUAGGUCAUUUGGUGGAAGGAAAGACAGUUUUAAUGAGAAUGAAAAUAAGAAUAAAAUGGACAUUAAGGAGGAUAGACAAGCUAAACGCAAAACUGAGAAUGUAUCUUCUUCUCUUGGUGAAGAUAAAAAGUCCCAACCUCCUGUCAAGAUAGCUAAAGUUGAUCCUCUAAAGCCAGAUAAGGAGAAGAAAGAUGAAAAGCUGGAUGACCUGAAGAAGACAGAAGAAGAGUUGAAGAAAAUAGAUGAUGAACCAAUGGAAAGCAAGGGCAAUUAUUCCGAUAUUGAUGAAGCAGAACUUGACAAGAAGAUUGAGGCCUUGAAACAACCAUUGUACUGUAAACUCUGUGAAACAAAGUUAAACAAUGCAUUACAAGCUAAACAGCAUUACGAAGGUAAACCACACAUGAAGAAAGUUAGAGCAUACAAAAAUCAGGCAGCACUCGAUGCCACAUUGGCAAAAAUAGCAGCAAAGAAAACUGGCAUUCCAACUGAUGAUAAAAAGACUGCUGAAAGUGGGAAAAAUGGGGAUGGAGAAAAGAAAGCUGAUGAAGUCCCUAAGAAAGACGAGAAAGAUGAGAAAAAGGAUGCUGAUACAAAAUCAGGGGACAUAGACUUUCCAGAUACUUGUGAUAUAUGUGAGAUGGCAUUCCAGCACCCUUCGAUGGCAGAGGCCCAUUUCAAGGGUAAAAAUCAUAAAAAGAAGAUGUUAAAGUUAGAAGGCAAACAAGAUGUUGGAUUUGAACUUCUUGAGGAAGAUGCACCCCAUAUUUCUAAGGAAGUAGAAAUAUUUAAAUGUUGUUUAUGUAAUCAUCAGACAAUGUUUGAAGACAAUAUAUUUGAACAUUUAAAUAGUGAAAAGCACAGACAGAAAGCCGGACGUGGUCCACUUCCUAUGUAUGGGCCUGGUGGGAAAAUAACAUUGAUUAAAGAUGAUGUACCAAGUUUGCUUGGCCCAGGUCCACCUUUAGGAGGGCAUGGUCAUGGCCCAAGACCACCAAUGAAUAAGGGCCCAGGACCACCUUCACUCUUAGAUAUGGAUGAACCACCUCCUAGAGCUCUGUUAGACAUGAGACUUAACAGAGGGGGUCCUAGGAGACCUAGUAUAGAAACUGGACCCGGAAUGAUGGAUAAUCCUCCAUCUAAUAGGUCUCCAUUGUUCGAUGGUCCCCCAAGGCGAUUUGAUGGACCAAGGGGUCGUGGUGGUUUUGAUGGACCUAGAGGUCGUGAUGAUUUUGAUAGACCUAGGGGUCCUCCUGGAUUUGAUGUACCUAGGGAUUUUGAUGGGCCAAGAGGCCCUGGGGGCUUUGAUGGACCCAGAGGUCCUGGAGGGUUUGAUGGACCCAGAGGUCGUGGUGGCUUUGAUAGACAUAGAGGACGUGGGGGCUUUGAUGGACCAAGGGGACGUGAUGAUUUUGAUAGACCUAGGGGUCCUCCUGGAUUUGAUAGACCUAGAGACUUUGAUGAUUUUGAUGGACCCAGGGGUCGUGGGGGUUUUGAUGGACCUAGAGGCAUGCCCCAUGAUAGAUUCCGUGAACCAUUCAGGGAAAGGCCUCCUUUUGAUCUUAUGGAAGUGAGUGAUGAAGAAGUGGACCGUGACCCAAAUCCCUUCAGGAGUUUGGAGAGAAGAGAAAGAAAAUCGAGAAACUUUAGAAAUGAUGAUUUGCCAUUUGACCGUCGCAAUCGUAGAGGUCCAAUGGGUCGAAGAAAUUCAGCAGAUGAAGAAAUGUCAUGAUUCAUAUUGUAAUCAUUAUCAUGUAUAGUUGAAGUCAUUUUACUGUUUAUAGUACCAUUCAUCAAGAAAUCUGCCAUUAACAUACAUCUCAAGUGACCAUUGUUCAACUGUUUACACUGCAUUCAAAAUGUAAAAAGAAAAAACAUUGUAUUUGAUUGGUUGAAUUGAUAUGUGGGAGUUUUCCUUUAAUCACUUAGAAUUUUAAUUGAAUUUCAUGAUUUUAUAUUUUUGUACAGAUUUUUCAUGUAUGUUUGACAUGAAAUUUGGCCCAUUUAUUACAUAAAAAAAUCAACUGCAGUCAUUUAAAGGUUUCAGUAUCUGUAACACAUUUCCAUUUUGAGUAGUAUUAUAAUGGUCACUUGGGUUAUGUCAGAAAUUCUUUUGUUACAUUAUGUAAAUAUGUCUCUUUUGCUGGAGUGUCAUUUUGUCAUUCGUCAUUGUUUUUGGCGGAUACCAAGUAUCGUAGAAUUCCUCUGGGAUACUAAGUGUCAUAGAACUCUUAGGAUAAUAAGUAUUGUAGAAUUCCUCUUGGAUACAAAGUGUCAUAGAACUCCUUGAAUACUAAAUAUUGUAGAAUUCCUCUGGGUUACUAGUAAUCAUAAACUCCUGGGAUACAAAGUAUCCCAGAAUUCCUAGCAAACUAUAAUGGUCACAUUCUGGAGAAUUAUUAAACAAGUACAUCUGGAACCAAGUUCUUUAAAGUUGGUUGGUAAAGUCAUUUAAUUACUUUAAUAGCCUAUUAUACAUUUUAUGCAGAUUGUGGGUAUUCUAUUAACUUGGAUAUGGGAGGGUAUGAAGGGAAAUAUAAAUUCUAUCAACCACCAACUUGUAGUAAUUUCUCCUAGAAAUUAAUUAAAUUUAAUGGAAAAGCCCUUGAGAACAUAUUUAGAUCAAUUUCAGUUUUUUGUAACCAUAUUUCAGCUUUUAAAAAGUUUUUCUGACCAUAUUGAGGCUAUAUUCCAGGUUAUUUUCAGGGUUUAUUUUGUAUUGAGAUAGUUGGUGUAAUGAUGGUCAGGGGAUAUGUCAUUUAACUAUGUGUUAUUUGAAUAAAUAUUUAUCAUUAUAAGUUGAUAAAAAAUACACAUAUUUUGUGUUAUAUAUACUGUAGAAACAUUAAUUUUCUUGGGGUUAAAAUUUCGUGGUUUUGUCUCUCUGUAAGAUUUCAUGGGGAUUUAAUUUCGGUGUUUCCUUAAACUGUAAGUGGUUUUGUAUGGAGGUUAAAUUUAUGUGGGGGUUUUAAUUUCAUGGAUAUAUUCUUUCCACAAAAUAAACGAAAUUAAAUCCUCCACGAACAUUUUUGCUUUUACAGUAGGUACAAAAGAAUUCAAGAGUUGAAAGUGGGAUUUUUGGUGUGUAUGUAUUGUUGGAAUAUAAAAAGCUGAUAAAAAUAUUUUUGUUGUUUGGAUUUCAACAUAGUUGUACAUUGUGUUAUAAUUUUGUUAUGAUUUUAAUUAAUUAAUUGAUGUGUUAUCACAAGUUGAUAUUUACCUAGGCAGUAGGCUGAGGUAAAUAUUAAUUAAGAAUUAUCUGUAAUUAAGGCAUCUUGUAUCCUCCAAAGAUAUGGAUAUUUAUGAUUUUUUAUGUGACUGAGCCAUAAUCUUUUUAAUGCUUGACAAUGUUAUGUGUAUAAUUUUGACCUGUUUUGGUGAAUAUAAGGUUAUUUGUAAGAAAGGUAUAAAUAUAUGUGAGUCAUUAAGAAAGAAAUGUUCUUAUUGUGAGUUUUUUUUUUACUAUUUUUACUAUUUGAAGAUAGCAAAAAACUAAGAUGGUUUAUCAUAUUAUAAGGGUCAUUAAUCACACUUUUUUUUUUAAUUUUUGUAUCUUUAAUUAACAUUUUAAUGAGGUGCAAAUAAAUGUCUUAAAUUUAGUUUGAACCCAACAUUGUAUAGUGCUUAAACAUAAGAAACCAUGCAUUCAUUAUAUUAUUUUUUUUCAUUUAAAUUUUAUGUGAAAUUGAAAAUACAUGGGGCAGAUGCACAUAAGGCAGUAUUCCAAAUAUAUAAAAAGUUAUAUAUACUGGUGGUAAAAAUAAUCAAAUAACUGGAAAACAUUGAAUUGAAUGAAAGUUUUUUUUUUUUCACAACAUAAACCAUGAAUUUAUUUAUCAAUUAUAUUGCAGUAGAUCAGUUCGAUUUCAAUUUAUCAAGUGCAAACCAAGGCAACAUCAUAUUACAGCUACUAUUACCAUUUGAGUUGGGUUUUUUUAUUAAAAAAAAAGUGUAUUUUCAGGUGUUUGUCUAUUACUGAUUUAUGGUUUUUAAUUGGGUAUCUUCUUACUUUUUUUUUGAAGAUUUAUAGUUGCUUUAGUACAAAUAUUUUAAUAACCUGUAAAGCAAUUUUUGUUUGAGUACCUGCCAUAUUUUUAAAUAAUUCUUGAAAAUGUUGAAAGAGUUAUUCCUGAAUUGAAAUCUUUCAGGAAAAUUGAUAUAUAUAUAUAUGGUUUGUUUUGUAAAAUGAACUUUUAGUACAGGAAAUAAAUGUAAAAAAAGAAAAGAUAAGUAGCACUUCUUGUUGGUUUAUAGAAAUACCAUUCAAUUUCUGUCCCUUAAAAAAGGUUACUGUUCAUUUGACCCCUUAUCUCUUCACUGUUGGUCAUCAAUACCAUUCAACUAUGAUCUUGAAAAUAAAAAGUAUUUAUAAACAAAAGUCAUGUACUGUUUUAUUUCAUAUUAGAUGAUAUCACUAACACAAUAUUGAGUGUACAUUUAUCACUAUAUAAUUAGAAACUGUAAUUUAAUUAUAUGCAGCAUGUCUUCAAAUUGUAAUAAUUAAACUAACAUGUUUGUCAAUGGUUUCCAAAAGUUACCAGAAUCUGGUUUUUUAUAACAGUUUGUUAUGAGCAGGUGAUUUCUUUUUACAUAUUUGUACAACUGUAUUCAUAAGUGAAAGAUGGGAUAGGAACAAAAUUAUGUUUAAAAAAGUUAAAAUGCACUAACAGUGCAAUUACAUGUUUGAAUGACAUACAGUACCAUGGCCUGAAUAAAAGAGUUUUAUGGAAAGACUAAAAAAGUCUUAAAAAGUUGCACUCAAGUUAGAUCAGUUCAAAUCCCCGACGAAUUUGGGAUGAACUCUGGUGCUUCAGAUGGUAAGCAAUUCCUACUUCACCUCAUGUCUGUUUUUGUUCAAAUAAUAAUUAUUUCCAUUAUGAACAAGAUGGCAUCUACCAUUUUGUCAAAAAUGAAAAGUAGGAAAAAGUGAUUUGAAACAUUUGCACUUGAUGUGGAUAUUAAUUUUUGGUAAUUUGCAUAGUCCCUCAAGUCAGGAAAAUACCUUCAAUAAUCAGAUUGAUUGAUGUAACUCUGUUGUUUGAUAAUAAACCGAUAUUUCUUUGUAUAUGCAGCAUUAACUUCCUGUUUUGAGUGUGUGUUUUUAGUGUUAAGGUCACAUAAAUACAAAUGGGAAGACAAGAUGUGUUUUGUAGUGUUUUGUUAAUGUAAUUGUCACAAUAAAUACAAAUAUGAGAAAAAAACAAGAGUUUUUUUGGGUGUGUGUUGUUACACAUAGAAUACAAAUAAAGAAAUAUGAAUAUUUAUUUAUGCUGAAAUGACCAUAGAACAUUUGUAUACAGUGAGUUGCCAAUAUUGCUAUAUCCUCUUUGUUUUAUGCUGGUUUAUAUUGACAACAUGGUCUUUAAGAUGUGUGCAAUUUUCUGAGCUCACCAUUGGUUUAAGUUUAGCUAUGAUGUUAAUUUUGUUUGUACCCUGUUAUAGUUUUGCGAUUGAUACAGGACACCAGAAAGUCAAAUAUGCCUUAAGAUGCCACACAGAAUAAAACAAGCAAAUAGAAUACUUUUACCUAUAUUGUCCUUACAGGCAUAGAUUAUUGAAAACAAGAUUCAAACUUGCAUUACAAAUUUUUUACAAGGGCCAUUUUAUCUUUAAACUUAUACACUUCUCAGCAAACCCCAUGGUCUCAUUUCUAGUUAUACACCGAGGUAUAUUAUAUAUUUAUAUGCAGCUAAUUUGAUUGAAAUGUUUGUCAAUAUCUAAUUUCAAUCUUGCAUAUUAAUACUUGUUAACCAUUGUUUUUGCAUCAAAGAUACACCAUUAACAUUUGUCAUCUAAACCUGAUGUACGAUUUCUGUUUUAUUGUACAACAUUGAUUAAUAAAGUGUUGUUAUUA